UGUCGACCAGAGCAGGCGGACGCUAGGCGGAGGAGCUGCGGGUUUUCUACUCAAUAUCCAGUGAACACGUGAUCUAAGCAUGUUGGGACUCUGUACAUAUCCCUGUUAAUAUCCCAGGAGGACUUGUGAGUGGCGGAAAAUUUCUUCGUUGCAUAAUUUCAACACAAACUGCAUAAAAAAAGACUGAUGAGAAGCAAUGGCAUCAUUAGUCCGCUGAGCUCGUCUGAGAAGUCUUGAAGGGUGAUAUAAAUAUUUAGAAAAAAAUAACAAUAUUUUGACCAGAGAAAUUUGUGAUAAAAGCAUAUCGUGUAACAUUUUAUUAGUGGCGAAAAAUAUUAGCGAUGAACAACAAAGCCAUUACAAUUCACGGAUUGAUAUUAGACGAUUAAUUCAAACUCGGUAAGAGAAUUGGAACCUUUUGGGACUCGCUUUACGACAAUGUCUGGAACAAAUUACACAGCCGACGAAGGUGCUGAAGAUCUUACAAAAUCGGUGGCCACUUGGGAAGUAGUGUUGACAGUAGUAACUCUAGGAAUCAUCAUCAUUUUCAUCAUAGUCGGCAACAUUUUCGCUAUCGCGGCCGUGUUCACUUACCGGCCGCUGAGGAAGGUACAGAACUACUUCAUCGUGUCCCUGGCCGUGGCCGACCUGACGGUGGCCGUCUUUGUGCUGCCCUUUAACAUCGCCAAGAGUCUCAUUGGCAAGUGGAUAUUUGGGAAGAGCAUGUGCCAGAUGUGGCUCACCUGCGACAUCAUGUGUUGCACGGCGUCGAUCCUCAACCUGUGCGCCAUCGCCCUCGACCGCUACUGGGCCAUCACCGACCCCAUCAACUACGCCCAGAAGCGGACCCUGAAUCGAGUGAUGAUCAUGAUUAGCUUAGUGUGGGCCAUCAGCUUCAUUAUUAGUUUCCCUCCUCUUCUAGGCUGGAAUGACUGGCCGGAUGUAUUUACUGAAGAUACACCAUGCCUUCUUUCAAAGAAAAUUGGAUUCAUCCUUUACUCUUCAUUUCUGUCAUUCUACUUCCCACUUAUCUUGAUGGCCGUCUUAUACGUCAAGAUCUACCAGGCCACCAAGCGAAGGCUCCGUGAGCGAGCCAAGGCUGCACUGUUGAAGAAAGUAAUUGCCGGCAAAAAUUCUAGAAUUAACACACUCAAAAACUCUGAAUGCAUAGGACCUGGACAUAUGUCCAGCAGAAGUGUAACUCCAUGUUCUACGGACUGGCAAUCCGAUCCAGAAUUAUCAUUUAGUGACCACGACAAAUCUGGCCAAAAUAGAGAUGAUAAAACCACUGGGAUUUCGGACACAUGUGUAAACCGACAGAGUAAUGGAAGCGUCAUCAGUAAGUUCAUUGCUAACAAACAGAGGAUAUCCCUGACCCAGGAGCGUCGUCUGGUGCGGACUCUCACCAUUAUUAUGGGGUGCUUCGUCGUGUGCUGGCUCCCAUUUUUCCUCAUGUAUGUCAUUCUCCCCUUGUGUCCAUCUUGCCCAAUUCUUCACGUCAAGGUCUACGGCUUUAUAGAGUGGCUGGGGUACGUCAACUCUGGCCUCAACCCUGUCAUCUAUACCGUCUUCAACAAGGAUUUCCAGAAAGCUUUCUUCAAUAUAGUAAAGGGACUGACACGAAAUGGAUAACUAAAAAAAUACUGCACAUCAAAGUUAUAUGUGGUCACUCGCCAUCCCAUAAACAUUCAUACUGAUGUAUUAGAUUGCAUCAGUACAUUGUUUUAGAUUAGAUUACAUCAGCUAAUUACAUUGCAUGUAAUGCUAUUGGCAACCCAAAUUUCCAUGCAAUUGGGGGUUUAGCAUUUCAUUAUCAUCAUGAAUCGUCUUUUUCUCAUUUCAACACUUACGUGCAUUUUCCAUAUUUUGAACCAAAAUUAACGUAGGAAACUUCUCAUAUAACCUAAAUAAUUUUAUUACACAACACAGCAUAAGUGAAGUUCAACGGAUAAAAAAUAAUAGCUCAAACGUCAAUUUAGUGAUAUUGAAAACAAUUUGCGCUAUUAUUCUUCAAGUUCUGUAUUGUGCGUCAUAUCAGUGAUUUUUUUUCUUUCACCAGCAACAUGGAAAAAAACUGAAUACGCGCCAUGGAAGGCAUGCAGAUAGCAGAACCUAUUAAGCUAAUUGCCGAGUCAAGAAUUAUUAGGUGAAUGAACUGUAAUAAACUUAGAAAUUCGAGAUGCAAUUAAUUUUGUCUAAAUAGAAAUUAGAAACAAUUCUAAUAUAUAGAGCACAUACGUGAUAAGUUAACUGUUAGAUUUAAGGAUAUAUAUAGAAUUACGUUUAUCUGUUGGCUGUAAAUGGCUUUAAAAGGCUUCUACAUAGAGAAAUAUAUUGAUAAAGUUUUAGCAGUCGAUUUAGCGCCUGCAGUCAGUUCGUGACAUACUUUGAAUUUAAAUUAUCCUUAUUAUGCAUGUUGCAAAUAAAGAGGUAAUGAGCUAGUAAAAUCUAUGUUCAUAGUGUGUUUUAAUAUAUA